UUAACGCUCCCAUGAUGAAACUUCUAAUAAUUGUUUUCUUCACGGUAUUCAUUAUUCCAGGCGUAACUGCCGCUGAGAAAUCCAAAUUGUUCAUCUCAGCAGCCAUAGGCGAGGACACCAAGUUUUGUGGAAACGGAAGUGUUCCCUGUCGAACUUUGAAUCAUGCCUACGAACUGUUGUCUCCUUCCGGAUUAAACUCGACAAUUUUGGUGUUGGAAAAAGGAACGUACAGUCUCCACAAGAGCCUGGUUUUUGUGAAGGUGAAAGAUUUGAGCUUGAUUGGGGGACACGGUGAUUCAACAGAGUCAAAUACUCGAGCUAAAAUCAUUUGCGAACCUAACGUGAGUGUGGCUUUCUUCUUAAGUGAUAACAUAACUCUUCAAGAUUUGAAAAUAGUCAGUUGCGGAGGAUGGCAAGAAAGCGCUAUUUCGAAGCAAAACGCUGAAGUUAUCAAGUUCAAGACCGCCAUUCACUUUGAUUACUGUAGAAACAUUUGGAUGCGAAACGUGGACAUAAUUGGUUCCAUAGGUCAUGGGGCUAAUUUCUUCGAAAUCGGUGGGGUGCUGAACGUAACUAAUUGUGUGUUUGAGAACAACACGGUAAGCGCAGAUGCCCUAAGAAACAAAUCGACGAGUAAUAAAAAGACCCUAGAGCAAGUUGGUUACAUUAUUUCUGUGGGUGGAGUUUUUGUUACAUUGAACAAUUACAUUCGAAACCGGCCAUAUUUCAAGAAUGUCACGCAAGCUCGUCACGAAUCCUACAUACAAGGAAAUAGUUACAUAUUCACAAAAUGUAGCUUUAUUGGAAACGGAAUAUCUGGAGAAGUGGCCCCCACAGACAGUUUUCAAGGACACGCGUUGGAUCAGCUAAGCGUUGUCAAAGGAGGUGGUCUGGGAAUAUUUUUCGUCGGAAAAGCCGAAAACAAUAUGGUUCUCAUCCAGAAUUGUAGGUUCUUGGCUAACCAGGCAUACUGGGGUGGAGGACUGCAGGUUGAGUUUUCUGAGAACACUAGCAGAAACAACUUCACCGUUCGGAGUAGUGUUUUUCAAAGAAACAUUGGACAUUCUGCUGGUGGUGGGGCUCGUGUUGGCCACUGGCGGAAAAAAGGUGUCUUUAAUCCAAACAAUGAAAUUCGAUUCGUAGAUUCUGUCUUCCGGGACAAUCGUGGAAAUUGGGGAGGAGGCAUUUCUGUGUAUGGUACCUCAAUCUUCUGCAAUUGCAAACAAAAUUUCAAAAGUAAGAAAACUUUUAGUUUUCAUUCAUGUCGCUGGUUUGCUAACAAGGCAAAUGUGGGCUCGGCCAUCGGUACUUUUCUGUUCAAUCAAAACAGAGAAAACAUUGGUCCCGAAGUGCCUUUCCAUGUCGAGUUUAUAGACAGUCAGGUGGAGGACAACGCAAUUGAAAUUCUUGAGGAAAAUGUUCAGAUCGGGGAGGGAGCGAUUUAUAACGUCGGUGUAUCGAUUGUCUUCCGAGGAAAGACGAUCAUUAAAAACAAUACCUAUACUGCCCUUGCCUUAGAUGGAGGGACAUUAGAGCUUUACGACGACGUGGAAUUUGUUGGAAAUAAAGGAGUCCAGGGAGGGGCGAUCGCGAUGUACGGAUAUUCACAAUUAAUACUGAUGAAAAAAUCUCGGCUUCUGUUUAAGGAGAAUUCCUGUUUGAAAAAAGGAGGAGCUAUGUUUAUACAGACUCCUGGAUCCCCACGAAUAAACUACGGCUUAAGUAAAAAGAAUCCGAAUAUUUGCUUCUUUGCAUACGAGGACGAUAGUAGAAGCUUUAACCAGUGGGACACAGAAGUUAUUUUUCAAGAGAAUAAGGCUCCGGAUGAUUCCUUAGGACAUUCCGUUUUCGCCACUACUCUUAAGAAAUGCCGUAUGCAGGGAGAAACUCGUUUAAACAACUCAGUAUUAGACUGGAAGUUUAUAAGAUUUAAUCGAACAACAACAGACAAUGUAAGUAAUGAUUUCAGAAGAAAUACCAAAGAAAUUGCCACAAGCCCCGUCGAUAUCAUUUACAAUGUACAAGACUGGCAUGUUUCCCCUGGUGAGGUUUUUAGCCCCACUGUUCACCUUCGAGACGAGAAAAAUAAUUCUGUCAAAGGUAUUGUAGAAAUCCUGAUCAGUAACAGCUCUAGCUAUCAGGAAGAUGAUCCAUCUUCAGUUUUCUUACAAACAGAUUCGUCGCUUUUCCUUACUCAUGGAAAGAUCUCUUUCCUGAAAAUUGGAGGACACAUUAGAAGGAAAUUCAUUGUUAUUCUUCAACACAUUGGACGACAAAUACUCAGGAAAGUCAUACGUGUGGCUUCUCUCAAACCUUGCAAUCCCGGCUUCUAUCUCAAAGACGGAAACUGCGUUUGUCAAGAUAAAUUAGAUGGUAUUUCGAGAUGCGACAAAAACGGAAAGACCAUUUAUCUCAAAGCCGGUUACUGGGGUGGGAUGGUGGACGAAACGUUUUAUAUACACCGUUGUCCACGAGGGUUCUGCGCAUGUCCAAGGAACAAUAUGACUUUAAUUGCUCAAGACGAGUGUGUCUUUAAUGUCGAGCAAAUGUGCAAUGGAAACAGAGAACCAGGCAGUACUUUGUGUGGGAAAUGUAAAGAAGGAUUCAGUGUGGUGUUCGGGCACUCAGACUGCCACAAAUGUGGAAAAUAUGGCUUUUUGGUCGUUAUUCCAGUCUACUUGGUGCAAAUUUUAGUUUUCGUAAAGGUGGCAAUGCUGUUGGACGUGGAUUGGUUUUCCGGUUUUCUUAAUGGGUUCUUCUAUUCCUACCAAGUAAUGUUGCAAGUUGUUGGAGAGCGGUUCUUCUUCGACCCAUUCAUGUUGUUCGUGAUCAAUUUUUUCAACUUUCGCCCUCGGAUAGGUAGUCACCUCUGCUUCUCAUCUGAUAUGGAUUAUGCAGACAAGCUGUUUUUUAAUCUAGCCAUUUCUGUCAUCACCCUGCUCGUAGUUGUCUUUCUCGCCAAAUUGGUGGGGAAAUAUCCAAAUUGGUGUUUCAGUCGGAGAGUGAAAGGUCCUUUCCGUGCAAUAUGUACUAUCCUUGUUCUUUGUUACACUGGCAUCACAUCAUCAUGCUUAGGCCUUCUGGACCCUGUGGUAUUUGGCAACACGACAGUUUUGUUUAUUAGUGGCAGCACGGAAUUCUUCAAAGGCAAACAUGCUUUCUACGGAAGCAUUGCCAUUUUUUUCAUGUUCUUUUUCGUAAUCCUAUUUCCACUUGUGCUGAUGUACCGGCCAUUCUGCACACGCCUCCUUAGGCCAGUGUUCAACUUGAACCGCUUUAAACCAUUCUUUGACGUCCUUCAGAGCUGUUACAAAGACCAGCAUCGAUCCUUUGCUGCUUUUUAUCUCGUUUGUCGCCUGGUCGUGUUGGUGAUUGCUAUCUAUAUUCCAAUUGGUCCUGUAAGGAGGUUCCUUAUAGAGGUCACCUGUAUUACGGUCCUAUCCAUCUUUACCUACGUGAGACCCUAUAAGCGAUCUAGGCAAGAAGGUGAGGCCGACCCAAAGUAUGCUUGGGAAAACAAGUCAGAUACCAUCCUUCUCUUCAAUCUUUCCUUAAUGGCAGUUAUUGCCACCGCUACUGAAAACAGUGAUAUCUCUAAGAGGCACAAAGCUCAGUUGACAACUGUUAUUAAAGUCUUGGCUUAUGUCCCUAUGGUUGCUUUGGCAUGUUACAUUUAUAAAAAGACCAAAUCACGUUGUGCAAGCGGAUGUUGCUCUGACAACCGCGAUCUGGAGGGACUACAAGUUACUGACCUUGGCAUUGAAUGAAGAACCGACUUAACUCCU